UAUCAGUUCGAUUUUUCGACUGAUUAUCCACCCAGUCAAUAUGCCUGCUCGAGCGGCGUCUCCGGCGAUGUCGGAGAAUGAGUUCGACAUCACGAAUGCCCUGUUUCAAAACGAUAGCGAUUCCGACAACGAGCAGCCCGCAAAAGCCCCCAAGCGGCCCAAGGCGGCUCCGGCGCAGGACCUAGAUUUUCUCGGAGGAGCAGGAGCCGGCGACGAUGACGAGGACAGCGACGAGGCGUUUAUCGCGGAGAAGCAGGCGUCUGCGAACCGGAAGGGAUCGAAUCUCAAGGGCCGCACGGUGAAGAAGGGUGGUGGUUUCCAGGCCAUGGGAUUGAACGCGAAUCUGCUGAAGGCCAUCACUCGGAAGGGUUUCUCGGUGCCGACGCCUAUCCAGCGAAAGACGAUCCCCGUGAUCAUGGACGACCAGGACGUCGUCGGUAUGGCCCGGACGGGUUCCGGAAAGACCGCGGCGUUCGUGAUCCCGAUGAUUGAGAAGUUGAAGGCGCACAGUACCAAGAUCGGAUCGCGAGGACUGAUCAUGUCGCCGUCGCGUGAAUUGGCGCUGCAGACGCUAAAGGUCGUCAGGGAGCUGAGCAAGGGAACGGAUCUGAAGUGUGUUCUGUUGGUCGGUGGUGAUAGUUUGGAGGAACAGUUUGGAAUGAUGGCCGGCAAUCCCGACAUUGUGAUUGCGACGCCCGGACGUUUCCUGCAUUUGAAGGUGGAAAUGAAUCUCGACCUCUCGAGUAUUCGCUACGUGGUGUUUGAUGAAGCCGAUCGACUGUUCGAGAUGGGUUUCGCUGCGCAGUUGACCGAAAUUUUGCACGGUCUGCCUCACAAUCGCCAGACUCUGCUGUUCUCCGCUACCCUACCCAAGUCGCUGGUGGAGUUUGCCCGCGCCGGUUUACAAGAGCCUACUUUGAUUCGUCUGGACACCGAGAGCAAGAUUUCCCCCGACCUUCAGAACGUGUUCUUUUCGGUGAAAUCUGCGGACAAGGAAGGAGCUUUGCUUUACAUCCUUCACGAUGUUAUCAAGAUGCCAGUGGGCCCGACCGGGGUGGCUGAGAAGAUCUACGAAGAAAAGCACGACCCCAAGAACAAGAACUUCAAGAAGCGGAAGAGACCGGACCUUGGAAAGUCCAUCUACAAGGAAUCCCCGACAAAGCACUCGACGAUUAUCUUCGCGGCAACGAAACAUCACGUGGAUUUCCUGUAUGGCCUUCUACGCGAGUCCGGAUUCGCCACCUCUUACGCCUACGGUUCCCUCGACCAGACUGCCCGAAAGAUCCAGGUGCAGAACUUCCGCACGGGUGUCUCCAACAUUCUGGUCGUGACAGAUGUCGCUGCCCGAGGUAUCGAUAUCCCCAUUCUUGCCAACGUCAUCAACUACGAUUUCCCCUCCCAGCCCAAGAUCUUCGUCCAUCGUGUUGGUCGAACGGCUCGUGCUGGGCAGAAAGGUUGGAGUUACAGUCUCGUCCGCGACGCCGAUGCGCCGUAUCUUCUGGACCUGCAGCUCUUCCUCGGAAGACGGCUGGUGGUUGGCCGUGAGCAGGGCGACCAGGUCAACUUUGCCGAAGACGUGGUUGUCGGCAGCAUUCCCCGAGACGGACUGUCUUCGCGCUGCGAGUGGGUCACCCGGGUUUUGGAUGACGAUGCAGACGUUGCGGCGCAGCGUGUUGUCGCCACAAAGGGAGAAAAACUGUACAUGCGGACUCGUAACGCCGCGUCUCUCGAGAGUGCCAAGCGGUCGAAGCAGGUUGUAUCCUCCGAGGCCUGGUCCCAUCUCCACCCUCUGUUCAACGAACCGGAAAACGACAUGGAAGCGGAGCGCGAAAAGAUGCUGGCGGUUAUCGGAGGUUUCCGGCCGCAGGAAACGAUCUUCGAGGUGAAUAGCCGACGCAACGGCAAGCACGAGAGCGAGGAAGCCAUCGACACGAUUAAGCGGGUGCGCAACACGCUCGACUCGAAGAAGAAGAAGCGAUCCGACGCCGAAGGACAGUCGGAGUUUGUGGAGGAGGCGGCCACGACUGGUGCCAACGACGCUGGAAAUGAUGAUGAUGAACUGAGCGGUGGCGCCGUUCUCGCCGAGGACGACGAGGACGACGCUCAGGGCCCGGCUGACAACAUGUCGCUGGCGGACGAGUCCGAUCUCGAAGUGACUUUCUCGUCGUAUUCGCAACCCAACAACGGCAAGGCGAAGAAGGACAACGCGGCGUCCUUCCAAAACCCGGAGUAUUUCAUGUCCUACACGCCCAACAGCACCAACUUGGCCGAAGAUCGUGCCUACGGUGUACACACGGGCACCAACGUCAACUUCACGCAGGCCUCCCGCGGUGCGACCAUGGACCUGCUCGGCGACGAGGGCGGGCGCGGAUUCGCCGAACCUCGCACGCAGGUGCGCUGGGACAAGCGACACAAGAAGUACGUGUCACGGCAAAACGACGAGGACGGAUCCAAGGGCACGCACCUGGUUCGCGGCGAGAGUGGCGCCAAAAUCGCGGCCAGUUUCCGCAGCGGCCGAUUCGACGCCUGGAAGAAGGGCAAGAGACUCGGCCGCAUGCCGCGGGUGGGUGAUGCAGAGACCCCCGGCAUGGGCGCCGACCUGCACAACCAGAUGCACGGCCGACACUUCAAGCACAAGAAGGAGCAGGCUCCGAAGCGGGCGGAUCCUCUGCGUAAGGAUUACGGCCGGAUGAAGAAGAAGGGCGACGCCGCGCGCGAGCGCCAUCUCUCGAAGGCUGGCGGUGCGGCGUCCGGCGGUAAGAGCGAGAUCAAGAACACCGACGACAUUCGCCUAGCGCGCAAGCAGAAGCAGAAGCGCAGGGAGAAGAAUGCUCGGCCGUCGAAGAAGAGAUAAGACAUAGGCCAUGGCUUGUAUCCAUAUGUGUGAGUGGUGUUGGGGGAUACUCUAGGUUUAAUGUAUAUAUUGAUACCAUUCUGUUUUACGAGACACGAGCAAGACAAUGCUCGGUGAAAAUAUUUCAAAAGUUCAAUCCUG